AUGUCGUUAGAAGGAAGAGAAAUCAUUAUAGGCACCAAAUACAAAUUAGGCCGAAAGAUUGGCGCUGGUUCUUUUGGUGAAAUUUAUUUGGGCACAAACAUCAUGAGCGGCGAGGACAUUGCUGUCAAGCUGGAGAGCAUCCGUGCUGCCCAUCCUCAGCUUGAAUAUGAGGCUAGAGUUUACAAGACCUUGGCUGGUGGUGUUGGUAUUCCCUUUGUUAGGUGGUACGGGAGAGAAGGUGACUUUAAUGUGCUUGUUAUGGAUCUGUUGGGCCCCUCCAUGGAAGACCUGUUUAACUACUGUAAACGUCGCUUUUCGCUCAAAACCGUAUUACUGUUGGCCGAUCAAUUGCUAUCUCGCGUGGAAUAUGUUCACUCCAAAGGCUUCAUCCACAGAGAUAUUAAACCCGAUAACUUCUUAAUGGGUAUUGGUAAACGUGGGAAUCAAGUGAACAUGAUUGAUUUCGGCUUGGCUAAACGAUAUAGAGACCCAAAGAGCAACGUACAUAUACCCUACAGAGAAAAUAAGAACUUGACUGGUACACCACGUUACGCUAGUGUCAAUACUCACUUGGGAAUAGAGCAAUCACGGCGUGAUGACCUCGAAUCACUAGGCUACAUCCUGGUGUACUUUUGCCGAGGUCAGUUGCCUUGGCAGGGCAUUAGAGCCAGAACAAAGAAAGAGAAAUACGAUAAAAUCAUGGAAAAGAAAAUGACUACACCUGCAGACGCAUUAUGUCGUGGCUUGCAUCAGGAGUUCGCAAUAUACCUCAACUAUGUACGAUCUCUUCGCUUUGACGAUAAACCUGACUAUUCCUACCUUCGUAAACUAUUUCGAGACUUGUUUGUUCGUGAAGGCUUUCAAUACGAUUAUGUCUUUGAUUGGACUAUCCGCAAAUUGCAAGAAAAGAAGGCUGCCUAUCAAGCUCCAGAUACUGGCUUGAAUCCUUUAAAUGCAUAUAUGGGAUCUACCCCUCCAUUCGAUGCCAAUCCUAGACGAAUGACAAGUGGAAUGGGCACUGGCGCACCACUACCUUCAGCAAAUCUCAGAGCCCCUUAUCGUUCAGAGACCAAAUCGCCUGAGACGUCCAAACGCUUAGAUGAUGUUAUGCUACAAUAUCAACAGCAGCAAAAGAUGCUCCAACACAAACCCACCUACUUCUCUGGCGGUCCUGUUGUAUCCAGCAGUCAGCAAUUGCAGCAACAACAAGCCCAACAAGCUCAAUUACAACAACAGCAACAAGUCCAACAGCAAGCUCAACAGCAGCAACAAGCUCAACAGCAACAACAGCAGCAGCAGCUAGCAUCGCCUACAGGCUACCAGGAUCCAUAUGCUAAUCAUCUGGGAUACACGGGAACAGGAGGAGGAAGAAUGCUGGUUAGGGAUAAUCAGCAGCAACAGCAUCCAAUGCAACAACAACAACAACAGUUAGGUGGCCCUUCAAGUAGUAGAGUUUUACGUAGCCAAACCAAAGCAGGACACGGAUCUCCACAACAACAUCAGCAGCAGCAGUACUCAUUCCUUCCUGAUACCACCUCGAAUAAUAACAACAACAACAGCAGCAGCAAUGCCAACAAUCCAUAUCUACCAGAGCAAAACGAUAAUGAUGAAGGAGGCUACAUGCGCAAACAAAAUGACAUACAAAACAUCAUGGACGAACGCAAGCCUUCAUUGCAGUCUCCUUCUAAACCAUUUCAUCUAGUAAAUACCAAUCGACUUUAUGAAGACUUUUAA